AUGGCGGCCGAAGUGAACAGUUCCACUCUGAAGAUYCGAAAAUAUAAAGGCAGAUAUUGCGUGGCAGGAUGUAAAAAUAAGAUAAGCUGCAAGAAUAACAGCUAUACUCCUGGUAUAUCAAUGUUUCAAUUUCCAAGCGACCCAGGAUUGCGUGAAAAAUGGACAAAGUUUGUCCGUUUACAUAGAGCASAUUUCAAGGCACCUCCGGAUAAGAAAAACAUAUCGUUGUGCUCUGCACAUUUCAAAGAAGAAUGUUUUUCAUCGCCGCUACUGAAUCUAGAAGGAAUGGAAGGAGUCAAACGCCAAAGACGGCUGUUGAAAGGUGCUGUUCCUACUAUAGACUCGGAUAAGGAAAACAGCUUUACGACGUCCGUAAACACAGCUCGAAAUCAGAGACAUCUUAGAAGAUCUGUCCUUGUGGAAAACUUUGGAUCAGUGCCCAUACCUAGCAAGAAAAGAAAAAUAGAAAGAGCAGAAGAAGAUUGCACAGAAAGCAAUGCAGUUGAAGGCAAUACAGUUGUUGAGAAUAUUGACAUGUCCACUGCAGUACAUACAGAAAGCAAUGCAGAUGAAGACAGUACAGUUGUUGAGAAUAUUGACAUGUCCACURCAGKACAUWCAGAAAGCAAUGCAGMUGAAGACAGUACAGUUGUUGAGAAUAUUGACAUGUCCACURCAGGACAUACUGUUGUCAAAAAGAGGAAAUUGAGCACUUACUAUACAAAGUAUAUAAACACCAAGAGAUCAAACCGAAGACUGAAGCUACAAAUAUCCCAACAACAAGCUGAACUGAAAGCACUGAAAGAGAAGCUUCAUUGUACUGAUGAUACAGAAACAGAGGAUUCUGACAGUGAUGAUGAAAUAGCCAGACCUGAACCUUCCUCCAAGUACAGUGAAAAAACAGAGAACACAGACUAUUACGUCUGGACCGCAGAAGAAACAGAAGAUGGUGAAUGUGAAAGUGAAAAAGGAGAAUGGGAAAGAGAGGCUGCAAGUGCAGAAAGUGGUGAGGAAGCUGAAGAUGAAAUAACUGAUGAUUCCAGUAAUAGUGAUAUAAAGUUAGAUCCUGGCUCUCCUGUAAACAAAGAACCAAAGUUUAUAGUUUAUUAUAGUAUGCUGAUGAGUAUUUUUAGUCUGUUCUGUUUUAACUGCAAAGAAGAAAAUCCAAAAGUGUCCAUGAAGAAAAAUGGAACUAUGGUUACAGUAUAUCAAGAGURUACUAAAUGUGUCCAUGGCUUCAAGUGGCAAUCACAACCAUAUAUGUUUGGCAGAUAUCCAGCAGGAAAUGUGUUGUUGAGCUGUGCUGUCUUAUUGAGUGGUGCUUCCAUUAGCAAGAUUAUCCUGGUAUUCAAACAUUUGGGUUUGUGUGUUUACUCCGCUAGAACAUUCUUCAGACAUCAGAGUUUGUUUAUAUUUCCAUCAAUUCUGAAGUACUGGGAGACAUACCGUAAUUCCCUCAUUGAUCRUGCAAAACAGACAAAAGAGCYCAUCUGGUGUGGAGAUGGCAGAUUCGAUUCAAUGGGUCAUUGUGCAAAAUAUGGAGUCUACAGUAUGAUGUCAACAACCUUGAUGAAAAUUGUUCAUUUUGAGGUAAAUUUCCAGUCAAACGAGACCAAUGGUUCACAACAGACUGAACUAGAAGGAGCCAAGCGAAGCUUUAAAUUUCUUGAAAAUGCUGGGUUACCUGUCACUACAUUCAUUUCUGACCGCCAUAGAGGAAUUGCAAAGUGGAUUAGAGAGAACACCAAAUGCACCCACUAUUAUGAUAUAUGGCAUGUGGCCCGGUCACUGUGGAAGAAGCUUCUGAAAGCCAGCAAGGAAGCCGGAUGCGAAAGGAUAAGUACCUGGAUGAAGGGGAUUAGACGGCAUAUGUACUGGUGUGCUAMAUCCACACAACCUGGUUUCAGUGCUCUUAUCAAGGCCAAGUGGUCAUCKUUUCUKAGACAUGUUGCCAACAUUCAUAGUGGUMACCCCGACAAACUUUAUACAAAAUGCAAUCAUGAAGGCCUCGAAGAAAGACUUUGGAUAAAAAGAGGUACGGCUGCACAUGACAAGCUAAAAAAUCUUAUGUUAAACAAAACCCUGGUAAACGAUAUUGGAAAGCUAUCACCAGAUGCUCAGACAAGUAGUUUGGAGGGAUUUCACGCAACUCUAAACCAUUGGCAUCCUAAGAUGAUUGGAUUCUCAUGGCUUGGUUCAUUUUGCAGACAUGCAUUAGCCUGCUUGCAUUUCAACGAGAAUGUUCAACGAACUACCAGAAAAACAUCUGAGGGGAAAAAGUAUUAUAGAGUUACCUUUCCAAAGUUUAAGUUAGGUGAAGAGGCUGUCAAAGAGGUCCCAGUAUCUCCCUCAUAUGAAUAUGCAGAUGGCAUUUGCCAGGUGCUUCUAUCAACAUCCUUUGAAGAUAUGAAAGCUGUGUCAUCCAAAUACUUGAGAAUUACACCUGAACCCCUGAAUAGACAGUUUCCAGAGAGGAAGUGUAAAGAUGAUGCUGUCARACACUAUGAAGCUCGCCAAAAGUUGGGUAGUACUCCUCUCUUUCCACCUGCUUCAGAACAAGGURCAAUGCAACAGCAGAUGCUCACAGAUGCACAAGCCCUCACAUCCAGAACAAGUACUGGAAACACCCAUAACCGUCUUUGUGGAAAAUGCAAACAGCCUGGUCAUAACAAACGUACUUGUACUGCUAGCAUAAACAGCUAA